AGGGAAAGGGAAGAAGAAGAAAAAAGAAUUCCCUAAUUUUGUUUCUGACCCCCAGCCACUACCUUGACUUUAGCUGUUUUUCAAAGUCAGAGGCACAAAGGUCUUUCUAAGGAAGAAGUCAAGGGGCAGAAGGUGAAGAGGAGUAUGAGGGCUUCGUGGGAGACAGCCCCAUGUCCCCAUCUAGCAGAAUACUGGGAGCGGGCAGAGGCUGUUCAGAGCUCUUUCAAGCACAUAACUGAUUCCCAGAAAUCUUUUCAAGAGACAAAAUUUCCCUGUAAGGGCAACUUCUUUAUUGUCUUGCCCCCUACCCCAACACCCCCACCCCACCCCCAGCGCCAUAUCUCCUGGUCCCUAUUUGGACCAAGUCUUCCCAAAAUUUUAGGAAGGCUCAUUUAAUACUCUCCUCCCAACCAAGAAUUCGUUUGUGGAUAUGUCCUGACUCCAAACCGAAAUUCAUCAGUCCGACUGCACAUCCCAUUUUCUUGCUUUCCCCCACACAAAUGGCCAAGCCUCCUUCAGCCAGGCUGUGCCGACCAUGCCUGGAAAGUAGGCAGGUUUAACGGAGUGGCCAGGAGGAGAUCCAGAGGCAUGCGGGUGCCCACAGGCCGGCACCUGGGCCCAGUGGCCCUUGCUCCUCCCCCCGGGGGGCCUGUUUAGAGAGGCAAAGAAAACUUGUGCUGGAGAGAGACUGGCAUGGAGAAGGGAGAGGAGGAAGAAGGGGGAAGUCAAUGUAAAUAUAUAUUCAUAACAUCAUGUUAUUAUUUACCAUUUGCAACUAGAACGGCCCCGCUUUAGUUAGAGCAAAGAGCACGAAUCUUCCACCGCCCAUGCUAAUGGCUGGAACUGGCGAUGGUGACACAGUUAGGCCCCUGCCUCCUUUUAUUUCUUUGCCCCCAGGAAGGAUUUUGAGGACAGGUUUCGUUUAAGAUAAUUAGAAUAUCAAUUUUCUUCUCCUGUCUCUGAGGAUAUCUGAUCGGGAGGUGACGAGGGCCGGCUGUCUACAUAUCGCUUAAAUAGGUUUGGAGCGAAGGGGGUAGAAGGUCUUGCCCAACCCCCACCCCAGGCGUUGCUGCCUUUGCCCCUAGUGAAAAAAGGAGCAGGGCCAGGCAGCGAGGCCUUGUCUGGAGCGUUUCUCAAACGUGGAGGGGACUUUUUCAGAGCUGAGAAACAGACACCGUGAGCCAGUCCGUGGAGCAUUUAAGCUGGUCUACUCUCCAGCCACCUUCCAAGCUGAGUCAUUUCCUCCAAGGAGGGCAUAGGGGAAGGUCAGCCUCAUCCCAAGUUUCUGCUAUCAAAUGCUCUUCAAACAAUAUUUAUUUGAUAAUAUUUAAAGAAGCCAAAACUCGGCUUUGAAGUAAGGCGGUCGGCGACACUAGCGGCUGGAUCCAAGGUCCAGGGAGAACCCAAACCAGAGUUUUGUUCCCAGAAGGCAGGGUCGGUGAAUGGGCCUGGAACUCGGGGACACUGAGAUGUAGCCUCUAGAACCAGAGUCUGGGAAGCCAGUACCCCCUGGGCUGAGCCUAUCCAGGAGGAGAUCAAGGCAGAACGGGCACAGAACCUGCAUUCAAAGGCUCCAGCCCACGCUGGAGGGGGAACAGAAGAAAAGCCCCAGUAGCCAACCCAUUCUUCCCAACACCACAAACUCAACACCUCCCGAUCUCCAACGCAGACCUCGUCCCUGAGAAGCGGGGGAUUUUCAUUAAGUAGCCCAGGCAAUUUGGUCAAAAAGUAAGAGUUCUACGAUAUCAAGUUUGAGAUCUGGACGAUCGUUUCCUCAAACUUAUUUAAACUAUCUGUCUGCACAGACAGAAGUCAAGUCCCCCCAUGCCAACACAUCCCCUUCCCCUGACGGUGGCCAUGCCCAAAUAUGGGGAGCCCACAGGGCAGGGAGAGCCUGGUGCCAGCCUAGAGGAGGCAGGUAGAAAGCCUUAGCCGGCUGCCGUUUCUCCUCUGCGCUCUCCUGGCUCACCAGGCUGGAUGCCAGGCCCUCCUUGCAGCGAAGCGCUGCCUUUUCAGUUGAAAAGUCUCGAUCCCUAGUGGCUCAAUUAACCGGAUUAUUGUUUCCUACAGAGAGAAAUCACCUUGCAUUCAGCUGAACCCUGUCACUGCAAACGCCACGCACAAUGAAACUCCACCAUAAAAGAAAACACAGAAAAAAGGGAGUAGGUUGGGGGAAAGCCCCAAUCUGCGCCGCCAAUUUUGGGGAAGUGGUCUAGUUGGUUAUAUAAUCGCUUUAGAGGGAGAAGGAGGGUGAACAUUGAGCUUGUUCGAUUAAGUGUUUUCUGUGCAGUCCAAGCCGAACGAAAGUGUCUGGGAUAAAGAAACUACCUGUGCCAGGUCUAUCCUUCGACCUCAGGAGCUGGGCCCCCGGUGCAAUUCUGUCCCGACCUUGGGGUGUAAACACAAGAUGCCACGCAGGUGUAGCAGGAGCCAUCGUUAGUGGGCAAUGCAAUGACAACGAAACACAGACCUGGGCAACGUGCGCUGCGCCCAAGGGGCAAGCGAGUGGCAGAGUCGCUUAUUUCUCCAAGUGCUAGGCGCUCGCAGACCCGGCGCCUUCCGCGCAGCGCCCUGUGUAGGUAGCGAGUGUCGGGAGAAAUGACUACUACGAAUUCGUUUCCAUAUAGGGGCAACGCCAGGCGGGGCACAAUGAUCUGUCCUUCAGGACAAAGAGUGGCUCCGGGGAGAGCAGGUUUUUGUCCCUCCACGCAGGUUUCUUUCCCCAGACCCCAGCCUUCAGCUUCCUCCCUUCAUGUCACGGACGCAGCCGGAGAAAUUGGGGCCCAGACGCGGAGCUCACUCCGCCAGAAACCCUGGGUCCCCUCCCCUACUAUGGCAGGCUGGGUCCGGUUCCAUCGUCGCGGCUCCGUUUAUCCCUCCAGGGAGCGCGGGCAGAGCGCCGAGCGCGGCGCAGGGACUGGAGUUCUCGCCAGCUUCGGGUUCUUUCUCCCCGGAGCUGCCCGGGGGUUCUCGGCCUCGGGCGCUCCCGCCGCCGUCCUGUUCCCCUCAGGGUUCUUGUCCUGUUCCCUUCCCUGUUCCUCCCCCUUGCCCCAGAGGUCCCGUCUGAGAGCAGCCCCCGCGAGCUUGGGUGUCGCGAAACCACUGCUGUCGGAAGCCGAGGAGGAGGGCGACCGCGAGAUCUCCAGCUCCAGGGACAGUCCCCCGGUGCGCCUGAAAAAGCCACGCAAGGCGCGCACGGCCUUCACCGACCAUCAGCUGGCGCAGCUGGAGCGCAGCUUCGAGCGGCAGAAGUACCUGAGUGUGCAGGACCGCAUGGAGCUCGCCGCCUCGCUCAACCUCACCGACACGCAGGUCAAGACCUGGUACCAGAACCGCAGGACUAAAUGGAAGCGACAGACGGCCGUCGGGUUGGAGCUGCUGGCGGAGGCUGGCAAUUACUCAGCGCUCCAGCGGAUGUUCCCGUCGCCUUAUUUCUACCCGCAGAGUCUGGUUUCCAACCUGGACCCCGGCGCGGCACUCUACCUGUACCGCGGCCCCAGUGCGCCGCCACCUGCUCUCCAGAGACCUCUGGUGCCCCGCAUCCUCAUCCACGGACUCCAGGGCGCCAGCGAGCCGCCCCCGCCGCUGCCCCCGCUGGCCGGCGUCCUCCCGCGCGCCGCCCAGCCUCGGUGAGGCGCCCACCGGCUCCAGGGCCUCCUCCCGCGGGCUCGGCGUGGCCCCUUCUGCCCGCCUUUCUGAGGGCGCGGGUUCGACGCCCUUUCCCGGGAGGGGGCCCUGCCCGGCCCUCCCUGGCGCCCCAGCCCAGUGCCCCCCGAAGGACCAAAUGCCAAGUCCACUGAGGCCCGGACCCCGGACUGCGUCUCCCCAGCCCCCCUUGGCGUCCUCUCUCGCGGCCGCUCUGUCCGGGAGCCAUCCCCACCCGCCGGGUGUACAUACGCGUCUCUGCCCCCUCCCCACCCCCAGCCUCUGCCGGCUCCCCUAGGCGCCCCUUUCUCCCCAGGAGCGGGUGCGGCUGAUUCCCAGGCUUCGCUCUCUCCCACGCCCCUUCUACGCUCCAGGUGGAGAACAGCCCCUCUCCCCGCGCCCCUGCCAGGGAGAGAAGGGGAGUGCGGAGCCCCGUCUCCCUACCCCUCGAGCGCCUAGGCCAGCGGCUGAGCUGUACAUACCGUGUGCAAAGUGUAUAUGAAGUUAUUUAUUCGUGACCCAUGAGCCCGUGACCGUGUCCGUGGAUUAGUGAGUCUGUGGCCUGUGCCCUCCCCACUCCCAGGCGGGGCAGGAAGGGGCCGAGGGGGCUUGCCCACCCACCCCGACCCCAGCCCCCAGCCUCAGCCCCGGUCCGGGGGCAGCCAGGCCUCUCGGGUUCUCUCUUUUUUAAAUGUCGAAAUAAAAAACUUCUUACAAAUGA